GGGUUGUAAACAGGUACUGUACUAGACCAAAAGUUUGGUCUUUGUUAUUUGUUCUUCUGAACUCUGUUGUCUGCACUCACAAAUUACAGAGACCGAAUUUCUUACUUGAUUUUGUACAGGGACUCAAUGGCAGAUAUUGCAAAGUUAAAAAGAACCCCCACAAACAAGUUUAAUCUGAUCAUUAUUACCAAAGUACAUAACCUAUUAUGAGGGCCAUAUUUGUAUGGUCCCUUUGAACUAAUUUCUUACCCUAUAUUACUGCCUGGAAAAUGGUUAACAUCAAUUUCUUCAUGAGAUUCCAAUCACUUUUUGUAGCCUGUAAGCUGCCAUCUUGGUUCUGAAUAUUCAUGAAAGUGACAACAGACUCCACCCCUCGUCACUUACAGUGCCCGGAUGUUUCCAUGAGUUGAAUGUUUGUUGCUUGCGUAUGAUGGACAAGCAAUUCAACCCGAGAUAGAAGGGAUGAUCUGAUUGGCCAAUGGUUUCGACCCAAAAGUUUUUCCAAUGGCCAUAUGUUUGUGUAUUAUAACACCAUCAGAUAUACUGGGAGUUUACGACAGCUGAACUCGAAAUAUCAAUCUGCAGACAGGAUGACAUCAACGAUGUGGAGGUCGGCACUGCGAACGUUUACCAAAAAGAUUCUCCACACCAACAGUGUGAGGGCGCCCCAGAUCCGGUUCCUUUCAGGGUCUACUGCGUUUUGUCAGUCCUACUCCCCUAUCGGUAGUCUAGACCAACCUAGAAUUCUUAUUACAGGGGGUCUUGGUCAGCUUGGUCAGGGGUUAGCGAAGGUGCUGAGAAAGAGAUACGGUCGAGACAACGUUAUUCUGACAGACAUCGUCAAACCUCCCAGGCACAUUGUGGAUGCAGGUCCAUAUGCAUUUGUUGAUGUACUGGAUUUCAGAAAUCUCCAAGAGAUAAUCGUCAAUGAGAGCAUCGACUGGAUGGUUCAUUUUAGUGCAGUUCUUAGUGCUGUUGGUGAACAGAAUGUUCCAUUGGCCAUCAAAGUCAACAUCCAAGGUCUUCACAAUGUGAUGGAGCUUGCCAAGAUGUAUGAGCUCCGCAUCUUCUGUCCCAGUACCAUCGGUGCCUUCGGACCACAGUCGCCCCGUGAGUUGACCCCUGACCUGACCAUUCAGAGGCCCAGGACAAUCUAUGGUGUGGCUAAGGUCCAUGCAGAACUCUUAGGAGAGUAUUACCAUCACAAGUUUGGUGUAGACUUCAGAUCUCUGAGGUUACCAGGGGUCAUCUCUGGGGACACUGCCCCAGGCGGGGGUACAACAGAUUAUGCUGUUUCCAUAUUUGACCAUGCUCUUCAGUCCGGCCACUUUGACUGUUACCUGCGUUCGGACACCGUGCUCCCCAUGAUUUACAUCAAGGAUUGUCUCCGAGCCAUCGUUGAGAUGCUGGAAGCUCCGGAGGAGUUGCUCGGGUUACGGACCUACAACAUCAAUGCCAUCAGCUUCAAUCCUGAGGAGAUAGCGGAAGCCAUCAGGAAAUACAUCCCAGAGUUCACGGUGGACUAUAAACCAGAUGACAGACAGAGUAUCGCGGACUCAUGGCCCAAACGCCUUGACGACGCCCAGGCAAGGCAGGAUUGGAAAUGGACCCACAGAUACGACAUGGAUGCCUUAGUCCAGGUCAUGUUAGAGGUCGUCAGCAAGCGUCUUGGGAUCUCGACAUCAACGACCACCACAACGAAAGCUACUGGAGUGCAGUGAUUAAAACUGAAAUAUUUAUUCACUUCUUUGGUGUGAAGUCUUCUGCAUAAAGUAUUUAAAAAAGUUUUGCAGACACACAAUGGCUUUUCAUCCUUUAAUACAAAGCAACUGGGACUUGCCACUAAUGUUAUGACUAUGAUGACCGCUGCAGUGGAAAUCACAUAUAUGCAGAAGAUCGAGGAGUUAGUCAUGUGUGAAUGAUAUGAAGAAGUAUAUUUUUACAAGGUAGAAAUCAAAGAAGAAAUGAAAGUUAUGCAUUUAUGCUCUUUCUUUUUAUACACUUCUGUACAGAAUAUUGUAAUAUGAUAUUUAACAGGGUGAGUAGGUGUAAUCAGAAUUAUAGUUCAUCUACUGUUAGUGGUGUCAAGACCAGGUGGGUGUUUCAUUUAAUAGCUGGGGGCCAUUUCAUAAAGCUGUUUGUAAGUUAAGAGCGACUUUAAGAAUGGCUGGCGAUUCCUUCUUACCCGCUAAAACAUCGCCAAUAAAUAUACCAUUUUCGACAAGAAGGGAUCACCAGUCGUUCUUAAAGUUGCUCUUAACUUACAACAGCUUUAUGAAACAUCCACUAGUUCGUAUGUUAAGAGCGACUUCAAGAACGACUGGUGAUCCUUUCUUACGUGUUAAAUAAUUACCAAUGAACAUUCAAUGGUGAAUAUGACUUACUACAAGAAAGAAUCAUUAGUUGUUCUUAAAGUCACUCUUAACCUUUAAACAGCUUUAAGAAACGGCCACCAGUCCUUGGAGAGUUUCAGCAGAUAGAUUGUUUUUAGACAAAACAAAUUCAAUAAGUUCAACUUAUAUUUUGUAGCUAUGAUAUAAUUGUAAAUGAAUUCUAUUUAUAAUGAUAGUUCAAUAUCAAAUGAAUUGAGUGAGACCAUUAAGGCUCCUGAAAUUUUGUGAGAUUAUCGACAAUUAACAGUCUAGUUCAAUUAUUUAAACAAAUUAUUAGACAUGAACUCAUCUAUUUUGGCCUCUUCGGACAGUUGGUGAUGACGUGAUUGCUGAAGAUAUGCCACGGCCGCACUAGGUCUAGAUUCGAUAGCUUAAGUAAUGGUUUCAUUUGAAAGUCUUUGAAAUCAAUGCUGUAUAUAUUGUCAUAGAUAGAUCUAGUAAGUUAUAAUAUAGUUUACGUAGAGUAAUGUAUUGAAAUAUGUAAUCUAGGCUGAAAACAGAGAAUGCUGAAAAUUGUCAGUGGAUGGUCAAGUGUACAAUUGUUUAUUUAGAAUUACCGUGUCUGUAGAUAUGUCAUGCUUACAGGUAUUUCUAUUCAUUUCAUGGAAUCAUUUGGCACAGAAUUUCAGGACUACCUGGAAGGUAGUAUUUGAAAAUUCUGUUCCAACUCCUUUUGAGUUUAUACCGCACCUGAUUGUUUUGGUUGAUACAGUAUUCAACAUUUAUAACCGUCAGUUUUCAUUCACAUACCACCAAUUUAUUUUGUUUGAAUUGUAGGUACAUCUUGUUUCCAUUUCUGAUUUUAUAGAUUUGCAUUUUUUGGGGAAAGUAUUCAUGUCUUCUAUUUAUGCAGGAUUUUUUUUGGUUGUUCUAGUGUGUGCAAUCUGCAAUAUGUCAGCAACAGUGGUCUUUUCAUUUUUUUCGACGUCAUGACUUCAUUUCUAGCUCACAGAGUUAUACCUGGGAGAGAAUUUGCUCAAUAAUUAUUAGGUUUAUACAAUCUCCGAUUAAUCUCCUGUUAACAUAAGUAUGUGCUUGUGUAUACAUUUCCAAGGAUUAUUUGUAGUUUUGUGAAGAAUGAUUACCGGAACGAUUUUAUUCGUCUGUCGAUGGUAUCUCAUUUAAUUGGUCAAUCAAAAUGAGAAAUCCUUAUCCCAUCUUAAACUAAAUAUUUAUCUUAAAAUGAGGCUGAAUGAAUCUUAUGCUUGACAUUAUUUCACUUGUAUUUAUCAAGAGCAGGCACAAGAUUUAACAGAAGAUAAAAUCUAAUGAA